CGCAGGUUAAAAGGCCAAUUUAAAACUUCACAUCCCAGAAUCCCUCGCGAUAAGAUUGCGAUCCUGCGCUAAUCUUAUCAUCCUUUUGAGCCUUCCCGUUGCUAGAAUCAGUCAGGGCAGAAGAGUCAGAAUAACAGCGUGAGUCACAUCGAAAUUUUCUACUGCGAGGGGAUUUGUACAUGACUGUCGGCGAAGCUAGUAAAAUUGGGGUGCUCUUGAGAGACGGCAAUGAAAAUGGAUUUGAAUGCCAUUAUAGAAAAAAUGGAAACUGGCGACCAAGAUGCUGCUUUGAUGGCUCUGCAGGCUUACAAUAAAGAGAAAAGCCAGUGCUUCACGUUUGACACACAAGAACAGGAGGAGAGGGAGGAUGGAAAUUUACAAGAGCGAUUGGGCGAACUGGUUCUGGGCUUCCUGGAGCGGGACCUGCAGCCGUCCUGCCAGCUGGCCUGCCUGGAGACCAUCCGCAUCCUGUCCCGGGACAAGCGGAGCCUGCGCCCCUUCACCACGCGGGCCGCCGUCCUGACGCUGAGCCGGCACGCGGGCAUCGCCCCCGGCGACGGGCCCGCGCCCGAGGUGCCGGACCUGGACGUGACGGUGGAGGCGCUGAAGUGCCUGUGCAACGUGGUGUUCAGCAGCGCGGCGGCGCAGGCGGCGGGGGCGGAGCUGCGGCUGGUCUGCGGCCUGGCCGAGCGGCUGAAGCAGUGCCAGGAGCGCCACUGGAGCCACGAGGUGCGCUUCUUCGACCUGCGGCUCACCUUCCUCUUCACCGCGCUGCGCGUGGACGUGCGCGCGCAGCUGGCGCAGGAGCUGCGCGGCGUGGGCCUGCUGGCCAACGCGCUGGACGCCACGCUGGGCCUGCGCUGGCCCAACACCUACGAGGUGGCGCGGGCCGGCUGCGGCGGCGGCGGCGGCGGCGGGGAGGAGGACGCCGACGGCGACGACGACGCCGCCGCCCUGCCGCCGCUGGGCCGCCAGGAGACGGAGCGCGCCAUGGAGAUCCUCAAGAUCCUCUUCAACGUCACCUUCGACACCAACCGCCGCAAGGUGGACGAGGAAGAGGCAGCCACCUACAGACACCUGGGGGCGAUACUGAGGCACUGCCUGAUGAGCUCGGCGGAAGGGGAGGACCGCACGGAGGAGUUCCACAGCCACACAGUGAACCUGCUGGGGAACCUCCCGCUGCCAUGCCUGGACGUGCUGCUCAUUCCCAGGGUGCAGCAGGGCUCCAUCGAGUACAUGGGGGUCAACAUGGACGCCGUCAGCAUGCUGCUGGAGUUUAUGGAGAGGAGACUGGACAGGGGAAACAAGCUGAAGGAGACGCUGCUGCCGUCUCUGAACCUCCUGACGGAGAGCGCCCGCAUCCACAGGGAGACGCGCAAGUUCCUCAGGACGAAGGUCCUGCCCCCGCUGCGUGACGUGAAGAACAGGCCGGAGGUUGGGAACGCCCUGCGGAACAAGCUGGUGCGUCUGAUGACCCACAUCGACACCGACGUCAAGCACUGCGCCGCAGAGUUCCUGUUCGUGCUGUGCAAGGAGAGUGUGUCGCGCUUCAUAAAGUACACGGGCUACGGGAACGCGGCGGGGCUCCUGGCGGCUCGCGGGCUCAUGAGAGGAGGUCGCGACCCCGGCCUGUACUCCGAGGACGACGACAGCGACACGGAGGAGUACAGGGAGGCCAAACACCAAGGGACUCGUCUGUCCUUCUGUCCGUCUGUCCCGCUCAGCAUCAACCCCGUGACGGGCCGUGUGGAGGACGAGCAGCCCAACCCCAUGGAGGGCAUGACGGAGGAGCAGAAGGAGUACGAGGCCAUGAAGCUGGUCAACAUGUUCGACAAGCUCUCCAGGGAUCAUGUGAUCCAGCCGAUGAAGCUGGGGGCUGAUGGGAAAAUGACCUCGCUGGAGCCGGGCGACUUUGAGCGGCUGAUGCAGCAGGAGCAGAACAGCGAGCCCGACAGCGAAGAGGAGAUCCAGUGAGGUGCAUGCUGGGAGUGGCGUCCGACGCGGCGCUGGGACGCAUCGACCGGAGGGCGUGACGGAAGAACGGAGAGAGAGAGAGAGAGAGAGAGAGAGAGAGAGACCACCGCAAAAAAAAAAAAAAUACCGUCCGCAUCGGCUACGCUGACUGGACUGAACCGGACUGAACCGGACUCUGGGUCUGUGUAAACCAGCCGGACACUCAUGAACAGACUUCACUCAAACUCAAGACUCAAACAACGCACCGGAAGAAAAGCCCAGAUUACUCUGUUUUGUGCCGACAUCCCCGCGUCUCCCCGUGAACGUACCGUGAAUCUCGGCGUCACCACCAAAAGCCGGACGCCCAGAGAAAUGCCGCUUUUGUGCAUUUUUACCGUGCAAAUGUCAUCCUCAUAUUGUGUUCUGUGACAGGUGGAGACUGUGUUUCGAAUCCCAAAGUACCAACCCCUCUCCCCUGUUCACCGGUCUCUGAGAUACAGUAGAGCUUUUACUCCGCACACGCACCCCGACGUAGUUUCACGGUCCUCCGUUAAAGCAGUUAAAGCUUGAGCUAGCUUCUCCUUUCGUCUGCUGAGUCGGGCCUAUCCCUGGUCUCUGGUUUGUGGUCUGUCAGUCACAGGCUUCUGCUUCUGCAUGCUCAAGAACACCCAAAAUUUCAGUUUCACACAGCUAGAUUUUGUACUUUUUUGAUGAAAUUCAACACUUAUUGACAAGUAUCCCCCCCUCAUUUUAUCUGGCUUAUUGAACUGUAUAACCCAUAUGUUACUUCUUGAUUUUAUUUUGUUUAAAGUAAAUUCAGUGUAUUAUAGUUACCUUUGAUAUACACAGAACACAGUGUGCUGUUUUGGUUGGACUGUCCUGGAGCAGACAGAAUCAAUGGUUGUAACCCCCCCCCCCCCCCCCCCCGCCCCCCCACUGUACGAGAUCUCGGGGCGAAUCCCCUUCUGAGCUGAUGACUCUGCUCUCAGACUUGACCCCACCCAUCAGGAGUAUGACAGACAGCUCCCACAGUGAGCAGAGACCGCGCUGUGCUAUUUAUACCCACAGACACUGCAUCACAUAGCAAGGAGAGCAAGGAUUUAAAAAAAAAAAAAAA